AUGGAUCCUUUGUACUUUCCCAGCUCGGAAUGGGCUCCUGGCGAGCUGAACUGGUCUGUGCCUCCCAACGCGACGGAGAACGCGACGCUGGCGGGGCCGGCGCCGUUCCCUUACAUCCACAAGGUGCUCAUCCCCGUGUGUUACCUGCUGGUGUGCGCCCUGGGGCUCAGCGGCAACGCCCUGGUCAUUUACGUGGUGCUUCGGCACGCCAAGAUGAAAACUGUCACCAACAUCUACAUCCUCAACCUGGCCGUGGCCGACGUGCUCUUCAUGCUGGGCCUGCCCUUCCUGGCCACCCAGAACGCCAUUUCCUACUGGCCCUUCGGCUCCUUCCUGUGCCGCCUCGUGAUGACCGUGGACGGCAUCAAUCAGUUCACCAGCAUCUUCUGCCUGACGGUGAUGAGCAUGGAUCGUUACCUGGCCGUGGUGCAUCCCAUCAAAUCCACCAAGUGGAGGCGGCCCAGGGUGGCCAAGCUCAUCAGUGCCACGGUGUGGACUUUGUCCUUUUUGGUGGUGUUGCCCAUGAUCAUCUUCUCGGACGUGCAGGAGGAUUUCCAGACGUGCAACAUGAACUGGCCCGAGCCGGUGAACGUGUGGUCGGCGGCGUUCAUCAUCUACACCUCGGCUCUGGGCUUCUUCGGCCCUUUGCUGGUCAUCUGCCUGUGCUACCUGCUCAUCGUGGUCAAGGUCAAGUCCUCGGGGAUCCGCGUGGGCUCCACGCGGCGCCGCAGGUCGGAGAGGAAGGUCACCAGGAUGGUGGUGAUCAUCGUGGUGGUCUUCGUGUUCUGCUGGCUGCCCUUCUACACCAUGAACAUCGUCAACCUCAUCCUCAUCCUGCCCGCAGACCCCGUCCUGGAGGGGCUCUACUUCUUCAUGGUGGUGCUGUCCUACGCCAACAGCUGCGCCAACCCCAUCCUCUACGGCUUCCUCUCCGACAACUUCAAGCAGAGCUUCCAGAAGGUUCUCUGCCUCCGGAAGGGGGAUGGAGCCGAGGAUGGAGACCCCGUGGAGCACAGGCAGGAGAACAGCAGCCGCCUGCAGGAGUCCAUGCUGACCCAGAGGAACGCGCAGUUCAACGGGCACAUGCAGACCAGCAAGGUCUGAGGGCACGGCCUGGCA